UCCACCGUGUACAGAAGAUAAUCUAGCGAGUGUCACUACAUGGGUGGACGAUUACCAAACAGGGUGGCAGCACUUAGUCUUUGUCACGGGUCGCCUCAAGACUUAAUGGAACUUUAACUCAAACAAUUGAUGCAUUUCUGAAUAGCACGACAUAUAUAAAUACACCCCGUACAAACCCAGCGCUUUAGGUGUUUCAAAUUUAGACUAGUGAUGAACGGUAUUGAACUUGUUUUAUUUUAUCGAGGUUGUCAUUUGGUACCUAUUCGGAUAAGGAAUAAUUGAAGGACAGGCCUAGCAAGAGUUAACAAUACUACUGUAGACGAUGUUUAUUGUUGUCAUUAGACCAGGUAAUUAGGCACCGGUAAACAGGAACAAUGAUGCUGUUGGCUCUCCCCUUAGUAGCCACUUUAGAGGUGAUCGGCAAUCUCGCGACCCUGGCUAAGGGAAGGAAUACUAAACACAACACGUUGAUCAUUCCAACUGCGAAGUUGGACAGGAAGAAAGCACAGGUCCCUGCACGCAAGGUGUCUAGCACUUCUGAUGCCAAAGUUGGGGGUCGAUGUGCCGGGGCUAGGAGCAUGAACAAGAGCAGAAACAGGAGGGACAAGUCGGGACGUGAAACAAACAAAUGUUGUUGUGGACAAUCUGAACUGGAACCAGUCCUACAGCUAACCAGCUCACCCGGGGGCGACAGCUUCUGUCAUCCUGACAAUUCCUCGCUAGUUCCCCAGCUCUGCGCUGCAGAACUUACUCUCAACAGUCAAAAGGUGACAUCAAAAAGUCCUAGUACCAAACCGUCCAGCAAUUCUUUUUUGGUCUGUACACGAUGUGGACAAGAAAGUGAUUGUACUGAUAACAAUAUACAACACCUAGCAUUGCGUCAUUACAGCCCGCUAGAGCAAAACGAUAAAGAUGGAGACGUGUGUUUAACAAGAUCUAUAGAUAAACACAACAUGGCUUCAGCAGAAUCCCAAACCACGCCCACAAGCCACUCAAUUUAUAACACCCGGAUAAUACUUGACGAAAACCUGUUUGUUCUUGGUUCAAGAACCUUAAUUAACGACACAACUCAGGAGGUAUCUGACGUGGAGAAUAUCGAUUUCCUGUCAGAAGUUGUAGAACAAACAACAAUCUUACCAGAACCUCCAAUACAACCAAAAGAAGUUGAACUAGGAAACUCUCAACUCAAUCAACCAUCAGGUGGCAUUGACCAACUAGGCCUGGGGACUACACUUGAAGAAGUUGGGGGCAAGGAAGACAAAACUAACAUUGUAAGUCAGAAAAGUAAAAUCAAUGUGAACAAUUCACAUUCGGGAAGUGAGUCGGGGACAGUGUCGCAACAAGAUGAAGAAAACAUACCUCGCAGCAAACAAGGGUCGGCCCGACCAAGUCUAGUCAACACCAAACAAAGAUCAUCUGAACAAAGAUCUUCACUGCCAAACGCGGUAAAUGGCAAUCAGAUCCCUUCAAGAAGAUCAUCUGAACAAAGACCUACACAGAAUCAAGAAAAUAACGAGCCACGGGAUGAAAGAAUCGACGAUCAGUACGCUAUAGACGCUCGUCAAGAAGAUAAGGAAAGAAUGAAUACAGCCCGUAGCAGACAAGGAUCAGCAAGACUAAGUGACGUCAACAUUAAUCCCAUUCCUUCAAAAAGAUCAUCUGAACAAAAAUCUACACAGCCAAGUGAGGUCAAUAUCAAUCAAAUCCCUUCUAAAAGAUCAUCUGAACAAAGAUCUACACAGCCAAGUGGGGUCAAUAUCAAUCAAAUCCCUUCAAAAAGAUCAUCUGAACACAGAUCUACACAGCCAAGUGGGGUCAAUAUCAAUCAAAUCCCUUCAAAAAGAUCAUCUGAACACAGAUCUACACAGUCAAGUGGGGUCAAUAUCAAUCAAAUUCCUUCUAAAAGAUCAUCUGAACAAAGAUCUACACAGCCAAGUGGGGUCAAUAUCAAUCAAAUCCCUUCUAAAAGAUCAUCUGAACAAAGAUCUACACAGCCAAGUGGGGUCAAUAUCAAUCAAAUCCCUUCUAAAAGAUCAUCUGAACAAAGAUCUACACAGCCAAGUGGGGUCAAUAUCAAUCAAAUCCCUUCUAAAAGAUCAUCUGAACAAAGAUCUACACAGCCAAGUGGGGUCAAUAUCAAUCAAAUCCCUUCUAAAAGAUCAUCUGGACAAAGAUCUGCACAGUCAAGUGGGGUCAAUAUCAAUCAAUUCCCUUCUAAAAGAUCAUCUGAACAAAGAUCUACACAGCCAAGCACGCAUUCAAUAGUUCAGGCUCCUUUAAGAAAGACAUCUGAACAAAGAUCCAUACAUUCAAGCGGGGUCAAUAUCAGUCAAGCAUCAAAUAGAUCUUUAUCCGAACGAAGAUCUACACAGCAAGGCGCGCCAAACGGUAAUGAUGCUCCCUCAAGAAGAUCAUCGUUUGUAACAAAUCAUGACAACAGCGAACCUUGGGAUGAAAGAAUCGAUGCUCAUUACGAUGAUGAAAGAAAUAAUAUCCUGCCAAGUCAACGGGGGUCUGUUCAGCAAAGUGCUGUUGAGGACUCUCUGAAAUACUCAAAAAGAUUAUCUUUUGUAGAGGACGCCACAGUAAAUCAGGCUCCUUCAAAAAGAGCAUCUGAACAAAGAUCUACACAGCCAAGUGGGGUCAAUAUCAAUCAAAUCCCUUCUAAAAGAUCAUCUGAGCAAAGAUCUACACAGCCAAGUGGGGUCAAUAUCAAUCAAAUCCCUUCUAAAAGAUCAUCUGAACAAAGAUCUACGCAGCCAAGUGGGGUCAAUAUUAAUCAAAUCCCUUCUAAAAGAUCAUCUGAACAAAGAUCUACACAGCCAAGCGCGGAUUCAAUAGUUCAGGCUUCUGUAAGAAAGACAUCUGAACAAAGAUCCAUACAUUCAAGCGGGGUCAAUAUCAGUCAAGCAUCAAAUAGAUCUUUAUCUGAACGAAGACCUACACAGCAAGGCGCGCCAAACGGUAAUGAUGUUUCUUCAAGAAGAUCAUCAUUUGUAACAAAUCAUGACAACAGCGAACCUUGGGAUGAAAGAAUCGAUGCUCAUUACGAUGAUGAAAGAAAUAAUAUCCUGCCAAGUCAACGGGGGUCUGUUCAGCAAAGUGCUGUUGAGGACUCUCUUAAAAACUCAAAAAGAUUAUCUUUUGUAGAGGACGUCACAGUAAAUAAGGUUCCUUCAAAAAAAUCCUCUGAACAAAGAUCUACACAGCCAAGUGGGGUCACUAUCAAUCAAAUCCCUUCUAAAAGAUCUUCUGAACAAAGAUUUACGCAGUCAAGCUGGCACAUCAUUAAUCAGGCACCUUCAAAAAGAUCAUCUGAACAAAAAUCUAGACCACCAAGUCUAAACACUAUCAAUCGGAUACCAUCAAGAAGAUCAUCGUUUGUAACAUACCAUGACAACAGCGAACCUCGGGAUGAAGGAAUCGAUGCUCAUUACGAUGAUGAAAGAAAUAAUAUCCUGCCAAGUCAACGGGGGUCUGUUCAGCAAAAUGCUGUCGAGGACUCUCUGAUGUACUCAAAAAUAUUAUCUUUUCUAGAGAACGUCACAGUAAAUCAGGCUCCUUCAAAAAGAGCGUCUGAGCAAAGAUCUACACAGCCAAGUGGGGUCAAUAUCAAUCAAAUCACUUCUAAAAGAUCUUCUGAACAAAGAUUUACGCAGUCAAGCUGGCACAUCAUUAAUCAGGCACCUUCAAAAAGAUCAUCUGAACAAAAAUCUAGACCACCAAGUCUAAACACUAUCAAUCGGAUACCAUCAAAAAGAUCAUCGUUUGUAGCUGAUCAGGAAAUUGAUUACCAUCAGGAGGAGAUAAUCGAAGCUCAAUAUGACGAUUUUGGAAUGAAUGAAAUGAAACCAACUUCAAAAGUGCAACUGGAUGCUUAUGAAAAUGCAGAAGAGGAUCACCAAAUCGAAAGCCGGUUUGAUAACGAGUUUCAGAUUCAAACUAACAGGCCUGAUACGCAACCGAUACGUGAAAUAAAUCAGAGGGAAGCAAAUUCUGAUACUCAUUUGGAUGGCGACCCAAGAUACAGACCAAACAGUCAAGUGUACAGAGAAAAGCAAAAAACGCCGUUGUUCGCGUGCGAUACAGUGAAGGAAGUUUGUGUGGUCGGGGCCACUAGUAGAAGCUGUGACCCUUGUGAAGCUAAAACAAUUUUCACUUUACUGUCACAAGGGAUGAUAAAAUGUGAAAAAAGGCAUGAAAUCGUCAGAGCUCAUCGGGGCACAUGUUCUGAUGACGAGUCACAGAGCGUCUGUCGGAAAAAGUGUUUGGUCGUCUGCCCGGAACCUUGUAGAAUGUCCAGUCACCGCACUCAAAGACCACAAGAUUACGAGGAUUCGAGGAGUCGGUCUAAAUCAUCUAAGCAUUACGACGAUAGAUCGGGGAGUCAAGAAAAGAAAUCUUGCACGUCAAGUGGCUGCGAUAAACGUGGACAGGGGUGUGUUCUAGGCCAGCCUGGGCGGAUAUGUAUCGGUACCUGUAAACGUCAGUGUGUUUGUCCGCCCACUCGAGAGGAACAUGAGAACCUCCAGUCUCCAUCUAGACUGUACAAGAGUUUUGUAAACAUGGAGGGGAGAGAACGAUUUCAGACUGAAAUGGCGCCCAGUAGAAAAGGAUCUGCAAGCCAAGAAAGACCAGCUACCGAGACGUCUGCUACGUGCAGAUCAAAAGACAACGAAUGCUGCCGCACUGUUAUCUUCUGCCGAUGCAACGAUGGAUUCCGCGAUCCAGACGCAGGCUGUUAUCUCGGGAAAAUCAAACACAUUCAAAGCUCCGGGUCGAAAUCUUGUUAUGGCCUUGAAGAAAUAGCCUUUCCUAACAGAAACAAAAGUAACAAUGUAAGUCAGAAAAGUAAAAUCAAUGUGAACAAUUCACAUUCGGGAAGUGAGUCGGGGACAGUGUCGCAACAAGAUGAAGAAAACAUACCUCGCAGCAAACAAGGGUCGGCCCGACCAAGUCUAGUCAACACCAAACAAAGAUCAUCUGAACAAAGAUCUUCACUGCCAAACGCGGUAAAUGGCAAUCAGAUCCCUUCAAGAAGAUCAUCUGAACAAAGACCUACACAGAAUCAAGAAAAUAACGAUCCACGGGAUGAAAGAAUCGACGAUCAGCACGCUAUAGACGCUCGUCAAGAAGAUGAGGAAAGAAUGAAUACAGCCCGCAGCAGACAAGGAUCAGCAAGACUAAGUGACGUCAACAUUAAUCCCAUUCCUUCAAAAAGAUCAUCUGAACAAAGAUCUACACAGCCAAGUGGGGCCAAUAUCAAUCAAAUCCCUUCUAAAAGAUCAUCUGAACAAAGAUCUACACAGCCAAGUGGGGUCAAUAUUAAUCAAAUCCCUUCUAAAAGAUCAUCUGAACAAAGAUCUACGCAGCCAAGUGAGGUCAAUAUUAAUCAAAUCCCUUCUAAAAGAUCAUCUGAACAAAGAUCUACGCAGCCAAGUGUGGUCAAUAUUAGUCAAAUCCCUUCCAAAAGAUCUUCUGAACAAAGAUCUACACAGCCAAGCACGCAUUCAAUAGUUCAGGCUCCUUUAAGAAAGACAUCUGAACAAAGAUCCAUACAUUCAAGCGGGGUCAAUAUCAGUCAAGCAUCAAAUAGAUCUUUAUCUGAACGAAGACCUACACAGCAAGGCGCGCCAAACGGUAAUGAUGCUCCCUCAAGAAGAUCAUCGUUUGUAACAAAUCACGACAACAGCGAACCUCGGGAUGAAAGAAUCGAUGCUCAUUACGAUGAUGAAAGAAAUAAUAUCCUGCCAAGUCAACGGGGGUCUGUUCAGCAAAGUGCUGUCAAUGACUCUCCGACGUACUCAAAAAGAUCAUCUUUUGUAGGGAACGUCACAGUAAAUCAGGCUCCUUCAAAAAGAGCAUCUGAACAAAGAUCUACACAGCCAAGUGGGGUCAAUAUCAAUCAAAUCCCUUCUAAAAGAUCAUCUGAACAAAGAUCUACACAGCCAAGUGGGGUCAAUAUCAAUCAAAUCCCUUCUAAAAGAUCAUCUGAACAAAGAUCUACACGGCCAAGUGGGGUCAAUAUCAAUCAAAUCCCUUCUAAAAGAUCAUCUGAACAAAAAUCUAGACCACCAAGUCUAAACACUAUCAAUCAGAUACCAUCAAAAAGAUCAUCGUUUGUAGCGGAUCAGGAAAUUGAUUACCAUCAGGAGGAGAUAAUCGAACAUCAAUAUGACGAUUUUGGAGUGAAUGAAAUGAAACCAACUUCAAAAGUGCAACUGGAUGCUUAUGAAAAUGCAGAAGCUGAUCACCAAAUCGAAAGCCGGUUUGAUAACGAGUUUCAGAUUCAAACCAACAGGCCUGAUACGCAACCGAUACGUGAAAUAAAUCAGAGGGAAGCAAAUUCUGAUACUCAUUUGGAUGGCGACCCAAGAUACAGACCAAACAGUCAAGUGUACAGAGAAAAGCAAAAAACGCCGUUGUUCGCGUGCGAUACAGUGAAGGAAGUUUGUGUGGUCGGGGCCACUAGUAGAAGCUGUGACCCUUGUGAAGCUAAAACAAUUUUCACUUUACUGUCACAAGGGAUGAUAAAAUGUGAAAAAAGGCAUGAAAUCGUAAAAGCUCAUCGGGGCACAUGUUCUGAUGACGAGUCACAGAGCGUCUGUCGGAAAAAGUGUUUGGUCGUCUGCCCGGAACCUUGUAGAAUGUCCAGUCACCGCACUCAAAGACCACAAGAUUACGAGGAUUCGAGGAGUCGGUCUAAAUCAGCUAAGCAUUACGACGAUAGAUCGGGGAGUCAAGAAAAGAAAUCUUGCACGUCAAGUGGCUGCGAUAAACGUGGACAGGGGUGUGUUCUAGGCCAGCCUGGGCGGAUAUGUAUCGGUACCUUUAAACGUCAGUGUGUUUGUCCGCCCACUCGAGAGGAACAUGAGAACCUCCAGUCUCCAUCUAGACUGUACAAGAGAAAACAAGAAAACUUAAAUGAUAAGCAUAAUAUUGAUUAUGACGAAGAUGUGAUAGAAAAUGUGGUUUAUCCUGUAGGUUCAGCCAGAACAGCUGAUGAUAAGAACCACAUUAUAAAACCAUCCAACUACGACAAUAAUGACAACGAUCCAGUCGGCAAGGAGGUCAAUUUCCAGGAACUAAAAGAAAGAGCGCCAAGAAGCCCACCCAGAAACGAGAGUUUUGUAAACAUGGAGGGGAGAGAACGAUUGCAGACUGAAAUGGCCCCCAGUAGAAAAAGAACUGCAAGCCAAGAAAGACCAGCUACCGAGACGUCUGCUACGUGCAGAUCAAAAGACAACGAAUGCUGCCGCGCUGUUAUCUUCUGCCGAUGCAACGAUGGAUUCCACGAUCCAGACGCAGGCUGUUAUCUCGGGAAAAUCAAACACAUUCAAAGCUUCGGGUCGAAAUCUUGUAAUGGCAUUGAAGAAAGAGCCUUUCCUAAUAGAGCUCAGACCUCUUACGCCGAAUCCGAUGAAUGCGAAUAUUUCAUGACGUUAAAUUCAGAUUUGACCGGCUCAGGGGCGGAAGAGUUUAGAGAUGUCAUUGAAGAAAGUUACAAGGAUUGUGCUACUGACCUGUCCGCUGAUGCCCGUAAAAAUUUCAAAGAUUGCGUGGAUUAUUCAUCAGCAAAACAAUAUGCGGCCUCUGGUAGCCAACCUCGUCGGCCUAGCACUAAAGAAGGUACCCAGACAUGUUACCUUGCACCACUUUGUCGGGAUGUCAGAGACUUCAUGUGUGACACUGGACAAGAUUUUACAGUACAGCUCAACGAUGCUUCAGAUGAAGACUGUGAACAGAGAGCUAUGGAUCUGAAAAGUCGUAUAUAUAGGAAGAUCACAGUUGAUCCUAGAGAAAUUAUAGAGUUCAGAAAAUUAUGUCACGUUCCCUUGGAAGGAGUGGAGAACGCUGACGUUGUAGUCUGUGGCAAAUCAGAACCGCGGGAGUACAGUCGCAGGAAAACAGACCCUGAGCUUGAGGAGCGUGUUUACGACACCAAUGAAAGGAAAGAAAGUUACAACUCUCCAUUUGAUGAGCGGGUCAACAAUGAUAUCGAGAAUAAUGUAGAUGAUACUGAUAUAUCGAAAGAGACUGAGGCUUCUUCGGAUUUUAAUAAUGAAUAUAACGAACAACAAGAGGUUGCUCAAAUUGAUGAGACUAGCAGAAUUGGAACGCCAGAGCUUGAACCCCAUAAAGAUGAAGCAGCGAGUGCCCCAAUGACGGGAAGCUCCAGGCCGAUGAAUCAAGAUGAAACCGAUGACAUCACCGAGAUCAGAGAUCAAGAUGACAUGGACUACGAUGUUAAUGAUGACUCGCAAAGCAUCAAUGACUCGAUUGUUCGUGAGGACGAUAUGUCAGAGCCCGUGGUCACUGAAAGCAUCGUCCGCACGGAAACUGUAAGCAAUAGAACGUCAUCGCAAAUUCCUGAUAUUGAAUAUGAAAAAGCUAAAAUCGCAGAGAAAGUCAAAAGUGUGAGCAGUGUGCAAAAAACAACAACCAAUAGUGCAGUACAGAGCCCGAGCCCGUCGAAAGUUACAAGUACAAAAGACAGUUUUACAGAAACCGUGAAUAGCAAAGUACAGAGCCAGAUCCCAUCAAAAGUCACAAGUACAGAUAAAGCCACAAGUCUGGAAAAUACCAGUUUUACAGAAACUGCAAAUAGCACAGUACAAAGCCAGAUCCCAUCAAAGGUCACAAGCAUGGAAAAAGCCACAAGUCAGGAAAGAGCCAGUUUUAUAGAAAAAGUCAAUAGUGCAGUACAGAGUCCUACUCCGUCAAAGGUCACAAGUAUGGAGAAAGUCACAAGUCAGGAAAGAGCCAGUUUUAUAGAAAAAGUCAAUAGUGCAGUACAGAGUCCUACUCCGUCAAAGGUCACAAGCAUGGAAAAAGCCACCAGCCAGGAUAAAGCCCUUUUUGCAGAGGAAGCAUAUAGUGCGGCACGAACCCCUAGCCAGUCAAAACCCAGAACCACGGAAAAUAGUGCAGCGCAAACUCCGAGCCCAUCAAAGGUCACAAGCAUGGAAAAAGCCACAAGUCAGGAAAGAGCCAGUUUUAUAGAAAAAGUCAAUAGUGCAGUGCAGAGUCCUAUUCCGUCAAAGGUCACAAGUAUGGAAAAAGCCACAAGUCAGGAAAGAGCCAGUUUUAUAGAAAAAGUCAAUAGUGCAGUGCAGAGUCCUACUCCGUCAAAGGUCACAAGCAUGGAAAAAGCCACCAGCCAGGAUAAAGCCCUUUUUGCAGAGGAAGCAUAUAGUGCGGCACGAACCCCUAGCCAGUCAAAACCCAGAACCACGGAAAACAGUGCAGCGCAAACUCCGAGCCCAUCGAAAGCCAGUAUGGAAAACGCUAGUAAGAUAAAUGCUGUAAGCCCCACAAAAGUCCUUAGUGCAAAACAAGUUCGAAUGUUAUGUCGUGAUGAGAACCCAGAACUUUAUUACACUGAAAUGGGACAAACCUUUUACUCUUUACUUUCAAGGGUCAACCCCCGAAACGUCACUGAAGACGAAAGCGCUGAAAGCUUAGCACAUGUUAUUGAUUUUAUGAACGAUCUGAUUCAAUCAGAUCUUUGUUUAAAGAAAGAGAAUUACGACGAGACCAGCGAAGUAGGGGGUGGGAGUGCUAAAUUCAAACUGAACAAUCUAUCGAGGAGGGUGUCAAACGGUGAUAUUAUCGACACAUUCAAGGCACUGAUAGAGUCUUACUAUAACUCGAUUGGGGAUAUUUGUACAAUCGUUCGAGAAAACAAUAAGGUGAUACGUUUUGAUGAAGAUGGUUCAACCGAGUUUGAUUUUUACGCCCUGUUGGAAAAUAAAGGAGUUACAGAGCAACCUCUGCCAGCUAACGUUGUAUCGCGGUAUGACGUGGCUUGCGACGUAGAUGAAGACUUCAGGCAGCUGUUGGAUGAAAUGGAUGUCCAAAGAAAGUCCAUUUAUGAAGUUGGAUCAGGAAACGUGCGUAUUGAUAGCCGUCGAACUUCCAAAAGAGACUUUGCUUCUUCUGUCUUGAAAGACUUUGAAGAGGAAAUUAUGCAGCGUGUUUUGACAACCGCAUGCCAAACUGAACAGACAUACAGUGAAGCUAACGAAGAGACUGAACAAAACACGCAGGAUCAAAUUUCUGUAUCAAGCAAACACGGGUCUUCUAUGUCCCGCAACAGGAUUUCUCGGACCAACUCUCGCGAGGUCGGGAAUAAAAGCAGCACGGACCGCCAGAGGGCGCAGAGUUUGUUGAAUGAAGAUCUCUAUGAUCAAGAUGGAAGGGAAUCACAGAGCAACGUCGCCAAGACCAAGUCAGACUCCGUGACUGGAGAUGACGUAGAGUCGCAGUACAUUGGCGAAAUGGAGAAGUACAUGGACGAGGAUUCAGCUCCGGAUGAAAUGGCACAAUUAAGUAAACCCAACCUUAAGAAAUCCUCAAAGAAUGGAACACGUACAAGCAAAGAAGAUAAAGAUCGAAUUGUUAGUGCUGUUGGUGGCAAGCCUACAGGGUCCCGCAUCGAUGAAGAGGAUGAGGGUGAUGUGAAAGUGGACUCACCUUCCCAGCUCUCACCUGACACUGACAGCGAGAAAGCUGUUUCAUCAGCAGAUUCUGAUCGAAGCCCGUCCAGGAAAUCUAGGAAAAAAGCAGGAACUUCAGACGAAGAGGAGGCGACGGAAAGUGCAAAAGGACCACGGUUAAAGAAGAAAAAGAAAAAGAAGACAAAGAAGGCAAGUCGGAUUAAGAAAGACAGGAAGCGUCACGAAAGUGAAGCAGACGUUGAUUCAACAGGUAAUGAUGAAGACUCUGCUAAUGAAACCACUGCUGUAGGAGAAAAUAAACAUGCGCUUUCGUCAUUAGAUUCUGACAGCGAGCCAGAUAAACGUAGUAAAAAACCAGUGGCGUCAGAGGACGAAGAAGACGCGGAAGAUAGUGAAAAAAAAGCAAAACACGAUAAGAAAUCUCAAAAGCUGAGAAAGUCACAGAAGAAACCCAAGAUAAAGAAAGAGAAGAAGCCUACUAAAAAUGAAGGUGGGGACGGAAAAAUGAACCGUCGGAGCAAAAAGGCACAAGAAAGUGAUGAAGUGUCAGAUAGCGAAUUGCCCACUUCAGAAAGUGUAAGUAAAGUGUCAGGUUCUGCAUCUAAAGUUGGUAGGAAGAAAAAAACACGAGCAGUGGCACAUUCGGAAGAUGAGGAUUCUGAAGAAAAUAGCCCCAGUCCUCCGCGAAGUAGAAAAGCAAAAGCUAGUUCUCCUGAUGAAGAAAGCUCUGAAGUGGAAAGCACACCAAAGCGUAAAAGUAAAAGCAAACACGCAGUUUGUGAGUCCACUUGUAUGUGUGAAAAUAGCUGCAUACCCAAAUGCUGUUGCCGCGUCGUAAAGUUUGCCCAUUGUGAUGAACGGGCAUGUUGUUCAAAGCGCCACACACGUACACGUUCCCCAGAGUCAUCUUCUGACGAGGAGGAAGAGAGAUCGGAAAGAAAAAAACGUCAAAAGCGAAAUCGACAACUGACCGAGAGUUCAGAAAGCGAUAGCGAAGAAGAGCGUAGCCGACCUCGAACACAGCGCAAUACCUCAAAGAAGGAGCGGAGAACACGAAACUCAUCCUCCGAGCGGGACAGAGGUGUGAUGGUGCCUGUGGUAGGUUCAACCAGCAUGUACCCUUACCCGACUCAAGCAAUGGGCGGCUUCUCGCACUGCACACCUGUACCAGCCGAGGCGGGCACGAGUUCUAUUUUCGUUUACGUUAACGAAUCAGAUUGCGAAGACCCCGAGACUCUUCAGAGGGUGCUGGGGGAGAAGAUCAAGAAGGGGACGGCCACACAGAGUCAAGCCAACCCAUGCCAGUACAUGACAUGCGAUCCUGCAUGCUAUGUGGCUGAUCCGGCAUAUUACUAUAAUUGUUGACAGAGUGGCCCUAUUAGGUUUUGUUCAAGUUCUGAACUAAAAGCUUUUGUUCAGUUUAUCUACGAGCUGAGGUAUCAUCGUUCGCCUAAAGUCUUGAUGUCUGCUGUGUUGUCAUGACAAAUGUGUUAUGACAGCUAUGUUGGUAUAUAACACGAAUUGGCACGUCCGUAUUAUUAACAGCAGCUAAAUUCUUGCAAUCGACUGUACCAUCACCAAAGUUGACCUGAUAUAUGUAGUAACAUCAGUCGCAGUGCCCCUGCUAGUCUGGCAAAACAAACAUAAAAUAUAUAAUACACGAACAUGCUCAGU